AUGGCUGAUGAUACAAUAACGAUUACAGAUAUCUUUACUGAUUCGAAAGGAGAUCAGAUACCGGCUAUUCUAGCUAAAUUCACAAAUGGCCAGCUUUACGAUGAUAGCAAUCUAGAGCUUACUUACAAGAGUGAGAAGGUUGGCAAACGUAAACGUGGUCGAUUGACUGGCCAAUGUGGUAAUGUGACAUAUACCGGGAUUGAAGAUGAUGUCACCUCGAAUGAUGAUGGAUCUCAACCGCGAUAUUACUUAGGCGUUGUUAACAAAGAAUCUAAGACUAUGCAAAUCUAUGAUAUGAAGACUUUUACAAUUCAUCCUGAGGUGCAAGUUGUGAAAGAAGAAAAUGAUCAAUCUCGAAAAAAGAGGAAGAAUCGCAGUCUUUUAGAAAAGAAUGAUGAUCUGGUAAAAGCUUUCGGUAGUAAAAAAAAGAGGAAUGCAGUUAAGACUCGUGAAGCUAGCAAAGUUGAGCAAAAAGAAUUAGAUUCUAUUGCAAAAGACGCAUUAGACCACCGGAGUCAAACUCCUAAAAGUCCUAAAGCGAAACUGCAAGAACAAGAUACUCUCUUGCCACCGUGCAAUAUUAAUGCUACGGAUGUGAAAAAUGUUUACAAUAUUAAAGACAGUAUCUUUUUUAUGUUUCACUAUUUUCAUCUCAUUUUUAUUUGUAUAGUAAUUUCACCGAAAGAGAUGGAAGUUUUGAAAACACCUGCCGUAAUAUUUAUGCAUGCAACUAAAGAAAAAUUGGAAGAAUGGAGAGAUGAGCCGACAAAAUCAAAAUAUUUCUUGGAGCAUCUACAAAUUCUCCCCUUGGAAGAUAAUCUAAAACUAGAAAAGAUAUGCUACUUAUUGUAUAUUAGUUACUUGAUACAAUUUCAUCACUUAAAAGCUAAGGAUUUUCGUGGUAAAAAUGAAAUUCUGGUUGGCAUACCCGAUAAAAUACAAAUAAGUUUACUUGACAAUUUUUCUGUAAAAUUGAACGAUGAUCCACAAAACAAACGUUACUACCAUUUGGGAAGAUGUGUAACUAAAUUCGCGAAGGAUAAAUUACUAGCCCGUAUUAUUGUUUUGGCGCUAUUUAUAGACGAUUUUCGACUUAAUUGUAACGUUCUCGCCCGAGAUCUCAAAAUUACAGAGAAAAGAUUUACCGAUGUAGCCAAGGUAGUUGGUUGUCAUGUUGAUACUGGGCCACGAUUGAAGAAGGAGAAAGGCCUACAAGAUGAUGAUAGUAUAGCUUCAGGCGGGAAGCUAGUUACUUUAAAACUUCCGCUAAAUGUUAAAUUUAUGAGUGGUAAUGAUAAAGUCGUAAAGAGAUAA